GUACCCUUUUCCCUCACUAAAGCAGUAGCUGCAAGUGAUCGUUUGCGACUACGGUCAUAGUGUCCCAAAACACCAAAAACACACCAGAUACUCCACUCUCCAAACUUCGCCCAUCACACACACCCAUUGUAUAUACAGCAUCUCUCUACCCAUGGCAUCGUCUAUCAUUGCUUCUUUUCCUAAUCCUUCAUUCAAUACCAUCCCUCCCUCACUUUCAUCCUAUCGCCAAAAUACAACCAACCCUCAGCAGCAUACCACAAUGACCAAGGACUCAAUAACACCUGCUUCUGCCCCAUUGCCGCUUCCCUCCCUGUCCGGUCCUAUCCCCAUCUAUGACACACCCAACUCGCCACGUCGAUCAAUGUCGCCCAUAAAUGGCGCUGCCUCUGCAAUGAAGAACUUUCUCCGGCGGAGGCGGGGCACCAUCACCAGUAGCAUUAGUAAUAGCAGCAAUAACGACAGUAACAUCGAAACACAGCAAGACACCAACAGUACAAGCAGUAACAGCAGUAGCCACGAUCAACCACUAUCUGAAUCACUCUCCCUUGGACUCGCUCAGUCGUUUGUCUUUGUAGGAGGAUAUGGUGUCGAGCCCGGAACGACAACGCUCGUCUAUGAUGUGGAUUUGUCUUCUGAAUGCGACUCUCCAACGUUCCCCAAGGACCAGGCCGCAGUCUUGAGUUCCUCCUUUGAGCCCGGCGAGUCGGUGACUAGCCUCGAUGAUUUGGCUUCGGAGGGAUCGAUGGAACAGGCGCCGACCUUCUCACAGACGAUGAUGGUCCACUUUGACGGUGACGAGACGCUUUCGAUGCGCCCAUCCGUGCGUCGAAUCAGACGCUCGCGUCAUAGGUCGAUGACUGCCGGGGUACCGAUUAACUGUGCGGAGUUUGCUACUUUGAUGUCUAUGGCCGCUUUAGACGCUGAAUCGCCGAACGACUCGGACAUGAUGAUGGCUGCUGCAACGGCUGCCUCAGUCCAGAAGAGAUUGACGAUGAGAUCGAUAUCGAUGGACAGUCUAAUGUCGACCUUUACGUCAACGGCCGUUCAGGGGGAGGACGGAUGUGAGAUGAACGAUGCUGUGUUUCAGGACCGCCAGGACCAACCCCAGCUCGAAGCACCAUCCCCGGACAGCGCUAGAAGUAACGAGAUUCAGAAGGGUGCUGAGGAAGAAGAGAAAACUGAGCUCGAUGAGACAGAUACGUGUGGUAGCAAUUUGGACAGUGAGCUGGUUUGGUCGUUGGAUGCGACGGACAUGCCUGCGGAGAGUUUCAAAUUGCAGUUCACGCUUGAGGAUUUCAAGACUGAUACAGAGGAGGAAGAUAAUGAUGAGGCGGAGCAGAGCAAGGAUGGUGAUGAGGAAGAGGAGGAGCAACCUGCGGAGCGGCAGAAGCAUCAUGAAGAGCAAUGGGCUGAGUAUUUACAAACAGAAAAGAAGCAACAGCAACUCCAGCAGCAUCAAGAACAAGAACAGCUGCAGCUGCGGCAGCAAUUGCAGCCGCAACCGUCGCUGAUCUACCAGAACUCUCUCAGGCUCCUGGUAGGACAAGCUUUCACGUCCUCAACUCCCUCAAACAGCAAAAUGACUAGCAACGGCAACGAAAACAAUAGCAGUAUCAACGGUACUGCCAAGCGGCCAACCGCUGGUGCCGCCUCUGCACACCUCCAGAACACGCUCGAGGAUCUUGAGAAGGAGAUUGAUGGGUUUCAAUACAAGGAGUCUGACGAGAUCGAAGGUCGCUCGGGCGCGUCUGUCCCAGUACAGAGUAACAAGGUCCUGCUGGUCUCGAAUUGUUCCUCACCGACACAGUUCUAUGAUGCACCGCAGACACGGUAUGCGCUUCAAACGUUCUUGGCGAGCGGCGAACGAAAGUUUGAGGAGGUGGUCGAGUACGGGUUCCCGUCCGAGGUGCUUUGUAAUGCAGAUGGCCGAGCUGGCAAGCACACGGUAACUGGUGUUAUUAAGCGGGAGCAGCGGAAGAAGCCAGAGAGGUGUCGGUAUGUGACAUUGAGGGUUACACUGACGCCCUGGCAUGCGAGAGCGGACGAGAUCAAACUGUAUGGUCCAAUGGGUGCGCCUGGCAAACAGUUGCAGUUCAGGUCGAUGGUCCAUAGGAUCUUUUCACGGUCGCCCAGCAACGGCAGUAGCGUCGCCUCGUCUCCACGUCUCACGGCUUCUAUGAGGGUGCCCUCGAGCCGGGCCAUGGUUAAUACGGAACAGUCCAUGGACGCUGCUGGGACGCGGCGUCCACGGGGUUUGACCGCCAAGGAAGCGAUGGAGUCCGAUACGGCCACGCCUUGGUCGGAGCCGAUUCUCACACCGCCACCAUCCGGGCGUUUGGAGCCUAGUGACCUGUCGCGCGCCACGAGCUGUAUCUUUGACAAGACCCAAUCCGAAAGCCGGACCAGCGACCGCACCUUUGGAAGGGUGAGCGGUACAGUCAGGCAACAAGACAAGGUCAUCGUGAUGCCUCCUUCUCCAGAUCCAUCGCCUGCUCUGAAUCCGCUUUCGUCGCCAAAGGAGAUUCAGGUCCAGACUCAGGCUCAGGCGCAGGAGAAGAAUGCUUUGAUCGUGGGUACGGGGAUGAUCUCUCCUCCUGGCACGCGUUCAUCAUCGCCGAGCUUUCAUUACCAUUCACAGUCGCAACUUCCAAGGAGGGAAUCACUCUCGCCGUUGUCUGUUCCGAUCAAGAACCUUUACGAUAGUCCCUCAACACCCAUCAUGGCGCCCAUGCCCAUGCACAUGUCCUUGCUGUUACCGUCAUCGUCGCGCCAUAAGCACUCCUCAUCCGCCAACGAAACAGACGCGUUCCGCGAGAGUGUUAUCACCCCGAUUGAGAGCCCAGGAUCUGAAGGUACAACGAUGUCUACCUCUACCAAAGAUUACUUUAGUCGCCGACGUGCCGAGAGGGGAGCAAGUUACCGGGGCGAUGUGAGUCCUAGCUCCGGUCCUGGUGCUAGUCCUGCACUUCAGCCCCAGCAGCAGCAGCAGCAGCCGAGACGGAGUUCGAGGUAUCCAUACCAGCUACAUGCACAGUACCAGGAGCAGGUGCUCCGACAGCAGCAUUUGGCAGCGCGCUCGCCCGUUCCAUCUCCGCACCCACGUACGGUGUCGACAAUAGAGCAACAGCAGGAGUAUUAUCAAGCUGCAGCGGCCGCGAUGCAGCUGCAGCUGCAGCAACAGCAGCAGCGGCAACAGAGGGAGCAGAAGGAGCUGGCGCAGGCGAAGCAGGGCACCAAGCUGUUCCAUUUCUCGUCGAAGGAUAAGAAAAAGAAGUCGAGCACACCUAUGGUCUCGGUCUUGGAGCUGGAGGACGCUGAGGUCGAGGAGGAGGAGAUCCAGCAGCAGCCGCGUGUAGGAGCUAAGAGCUGGAGGCGACAGAGUCAGCGUGUCGUUGCCUCGGGUACUUCUCAGAACUACCACGGCCAUAGCAACAACAACAGCGGCGGCUACGGCGGUGCAGGAUACCAGCAGCAGAUGGUGUGCGCGCCGUACGAAGUUUCGAGGCGGGAUGAGAAUGAUGACCAGCAAGGCGCGGAGGCGUACUUUGAGACGAAUGUGGACUAUCAUAAUCACUAUGGAAAGGGGCACGGGCGAGAAGGCGUAGAAGAGUAUUUUGAUCGUCAGUCGAAUGCGGCUUCUGCGGCAGCCGUGGGUGGAUGCUGGAGGGAUGUACAGUGUUACCAGACGGAUAACAUGAAGGAUUAUGCGUUCCCGUGAAGUCGAUAAGAGGAAGGCAUAG